GCGGAGAUGUGUUCUCUUAGGCACAGACCUGAAGAGCGACGCAAGGGCGGAGCUGAGUUUUCCUCUGCACAGACUUCGGAGAUACAGCGAAGACGGAGCAGUGUUCUCCUCAGCACAGACCCGGGCUGGCGGGCGCCGGACGGGGGCACAGCGAGGGCGGAGCUGCGUUCUGCUCAGCACAGACCAGGAGAGCAUCGCGAGGGCGGAGCUGAGUUUUCCUCUGCACAGACUUCGGAGAUACAGCAAAGGCGGAGCAGUGUUCUCCUCAGCACAGACCCGGGAGGGCCCGGGGCACUUCGAGGGCGGAGUUGUGUUCUGCUCAGCACAGAUCUUGGGGACACUGCCUCGCUUUGGGACAACUCGGGGCCACAUCGAUGCAAGAGCAACAGCUCUACAUCUGUAUCACUGCAGUGCCUAGAAGAUACAACAGGACAAUUUACAAAUCCAAAUUUCCAGGAAGUCUUUGCACACACCUCUAGUACAAAAGAUGCUUCAGAGACUAGAGGGUCAGAGGGCAAAGAGAGGAAAUAUUCAACUCCCAGUUCAGGUCAAAAGGGAAGAAAGCCUGGUGUUGAAAGAAAUCCAAGAAUGACUGUGUCUGCAACUCGCUCCUUUCUGUAAAGUUUUCAUGGCAUUUUACUUAAAAUAUUUGCUCUUAUGAUGGUCAAUAAUAUGAAUAGUUAUGCUUUGUAAGAGAAUUUAUUCUUUACUUAUAAUUAAUGGAUCAUUCUAAGUUAUUGUAUGUUUAGUUGCUAAAGUAAGAUGAUGUGAAAGAUUUGUUGCCUCUUAAAUGUUUCUGGGAUCUUUGCUUUAUUUUUAUAUUAUGAUCUGUGUUUCCAAAGUUGAGCUGUUAUUUUAUUGUUUAUUCAAAUGUAGAAUAAAGCUUAAGUUUGGGGAG